AUGUCAAUCAACACAAAUUCUAUCCUAGCGGAUCGUGUCCCUGCUAUUUGUUCCAAGAGAACAGAUUAUGACAUAUUCCGUCUGGAUUUGGAACUUUUGAUUGACAAUGGCAUUCUAAUCGCCUUGCCAGCGGACUCUGUCCGCCGAAACUCUGCAAAUAGCUGGUACCUUUGUUAUCGUUCAAGUUUGCACCACCCCAAGAUUUACUCAAGAAUUUGCCAAGAUGUUCAUCUGAAAAGAACAAAACUAGCCGGUGUAAUCAGGAGUGUCCUUGCACCUUGUCAUAGCCGUAGCUUGGCCUUAGCUGAACAGUUCAACACCAACAAAUUUUCUCUAAUAGCUGAUGAGUCCACUGACAUUAGUUGCAAUCAAAAUAUUUGCAUUGGUGUUCGAUAUUUCAACGAACACUGUCGCCGGAUUGUUAGUAGCUUCUGGGAUCUUUGGAGAGUGAUCACUGAAGAUCGCCCUGAGGUUGCCUUCGAGGGAGCGACAGCUAACCAUCUUUAUAACACGAUCAUGUCCUCUUUUCGCUCUGAAAAAGUCAAUCUUGAAAACCUGAUUGGCUUUGGCUUAGAUGGCUGUAAAACAAUGCAAGGAGAGCACAAUUCUGUGUCAUCAAGGCUCCAAGCAAACUUUCCUGGAAUAAGCAACUUGAAAUGUAUCUGCCACUCCCUAGCCAUUUGUAGUAAUGAAGCAGUUCAAGUUUUACAUUGUUAG